ACAUCCAGCAUCGGUAGCUUGAGCAAGCUAAUCGCGAGCUUUCAAACUUGAAGUUUGUUAUUUUUUUGUUUGGGAAGUUAAAGUUUGGAGAAGUUUGCCGAAUCGUCAUCAUGGUCGCAACGCAAAAUUUGCACGUUCCGGAGAAGUUGGAGAAAGUCGAGUGUCAACCGUUGCAUCAGCUGAACAUUCCGUACGAAAAGGCAACCUUCGGCAUGGGAUGCUUCUGGGGCUGUGACUCGCUGUUUGGCGCUACCAAGGGAGUUCUUCGUACGCGCGUUGGUUACGCCGGCGGUACUUCCGAUUCGCCGGUGUACAGAAACAUGGGCGAUCACACCGAGGUGAUCGAGAUCCAUUACGAUCCGAACCAGAUUAGCUUCUCGGACCUGCUGGACCUGUUCUGGAACAACCACGAGUACGGUCUGACCAAGCGCAUCAAGCGCCAGUACAUGUCGCUGAUCCUGUGCCACAACGAGGAACAACGACGCAUUUCCGAGCAGAGCCGUGCCGAGGAGCAGAUCAAGCGGGCACCGGAGCUAAUCAUCACCGAAAUUGCCACCGCCGGCACGUUCUAUCCCGCUGAAGACUACCACCAAAAGUACCGUCUGCAAAGCCACCGCCAGCUGGCCAAAGCCAUCGGGUUGACCCCGGAGCUGCUGCAGAGUUCCCACGUAGCGGCCCGCCUCAAUGGUUACCUCAUCGGAGUUGGGGGGGUCGAGCAGUUUGACAAGGACGCCGAUCGGUUGGGGCUGAGCGCCGAGCUGAGCCAGUACGUGCGAGAUUACGUGCGCGAUAACGAGGGCGGUGGCAUCUUCUGCUGAAGAUCGAAGACGUGAUAAGGAAAGGGAGAGACAGUGAGAGAGAGAGAGAGAAGCUUUUGUUUUACAAACUUUUAAUAUGCGCUAGACUGCUAGAAUUGCGGUAAUGUUUUUAUAAAAUGUUAUCAGAUUCAAUUACCUAGAUUUAAGGUAGCUUAGGUUCGCACAAAUUAGUAUAGUGGUUUGCUAAAUUAGGGAUAAUAAAAUGUAUUAAUUGUUAAUUCAUGUGAUCAAAAAUGGACGAAAUACACAUGCCUGCUUUUUUAUAAUGAA